AUGGUCAUUUUGAACCAGAAAAGAAAAAGUAAAGAUGAAAUCACUGUCUCUGCAUUGGUCAAGAUCACGGAUGCCAACAUGGAUAUCGUCUACAAGGAUAUGGUCACCAAAAUGCAGCAGGAGGUCACUGUUCAGCAAAUAAUGUCUCAGAUUGCUAAUGUGAAAAAAGAUAUGAUUAUUUUGGAGAAGAGGGGAUUUUCAGCCCUCAGAGCAGAAAAUGAGAAGACAAACGUGGAACUACAUCGAUUAAAACAACAAAUAAUGGAUGAAGUGAUCAAAGUCCGAACAGAUGCCAAGUUAGACUUCAAUCUAGAAAAGAGCAGAGUGAAGGAAUUGUACUCGUUGAAUGAAAGGAAGCUGCUGGAAAUGAGGACAGAAAUGGUGGCAUUGCAUGCCCAGCAAGAUCGGGCUGUCACCCAGACAGACAGGAAGAUAGACACUGAGGUUGCUGGCCUCAAAACCAUGCUGGAGUCACACAAGCUUGAUAACAUUAAAUAUUUAGCAGGGACUGUAUUCACGUGCCUAACAGUAGCUCUGGGAUUUUACCGCCUGUGGAUAUAAUAAAGUGUCUUUUUAAAGAGAA